AUGGCAGUAAUUACAUCUCACGCUUCCGCCUCGAUGAGCAAUCUCACCAACCUUACCCGUUCCCAUACCGCCAUCGCAGCCAAGAAACGGGCCAAAAAAUCACAAAUAAAUGAAAUUAUAUUCGACGAGGAUGCACGCCGGGAGUUUCUAACAGGCUUUCACAAGCGGAAAGUCGCUAAAGCGGAUGCGGCCCGGAAAAAAGCUGCAGAGCGAGAACGACAGGAGCGAUUAGAAACCAGGAGAGAGCAACGUCGGGAACUGCGAGAGAGAGCGCUUGAGAAUGCGGCUCAAGUGGAAAAGGCAUAUGGCGCGGCAGACGACAGUGAAGACGAUGAAUGGGAGGGUAUCUCCAAAAAGAUAGAGGAAGAAUACGAGGACCAACAAAUGUUCGCAACGGUUGUUGUUGAAGAUUUCGAUCCGGACACCUUCGUUCAUGGCUCGACUGAGCCACGAUCCUCUUCUACAAAUCAACCAAAUUCGAUACGUCAGCCAAAGGCACCGGCACCCGAAGGCAAGCAACCACCGUCAAAACAAAAGCUGAAGCCGAAAAAGUUUCGGUAUGAGACUAAAGCGGAACGAUCAAAGCAACGAGACAAGCAACGAGCGCGAAGAACAGAGAAGGCUGAGCUCGCUGGAGGAAAGGCUGCGCGUAAAAGGAGAAGGCAGUAA